AUGCAAAUGUCGGUCUCUAUCCCUGUGGAUCUGGCCAUGCCUUGGGUUGUUCUCGUGGCCAUGGCGGCCCUCUUAGCUGCCUGGUUCAUCCAUUUUGUCAUUAGAUGGAACACGAGUCCACCAUGCAAAGCAGGGGCAAUGCUGCCGCCGGGGUCCCGGGGUCUCCCCGUCCUCGGGGAGUCGCUCGAGUUCUUCGCCCGGAGCCCAUCGCUCGAGCUGACCCCUUUCUUGAAGCGACGCCUGGAUAGGUAUGGUCCAAUUUUUAGGACAAAUUUGAUCGGUGAAGACCUCAUUGUGUCUCUAGAUCAAGAUUUGAACAACUUGGUGUUCCAAAAAGAGGAGAAGUUGUUCCAAAUAUGGUAUCCAGAGUCGCUCAUGAGAAUCAUGGGAGCUGACUGCAUCAUCGCAACGCUCGGGACUUUCCACAAGCACCUCAGGACUCUGGUACUUCGACUCUUCGGCCCAGAAAACCUCAGGAUGGUUCUGCUCCACGAAAUACAACAGACAGCCCAGGCCAACCUACUCUCCUGGCUCGAUCAUCCUAGUAUCGAAGUGAAAGAGGCAACCUCUAGUAUGAUAUUCAGCAUCACAGCAAAGCGGUUAAUCAGCUAUGACUCCUCAAGCUCGGACGGGAAGCUGUGGAAGCAAUUUGAUGCAUUUCUUCAAGGACUACUAGCAUUUCCACUUUACAUUCCUGGCACAGCAUUCUACAAAUGUAUGCAGGGCCGGAAGAAUGUCAUGAAGAUCUUGAAAGAAUUGCUCAACGAGAGGAAGAAGGCAACAUGUUGGGAGAGUGUUGACUUUAUCGAUAUCUUGAUCAAUGAUUUGAAGGAGAAGAAGACUUUAAUGAAUGAGAAAAUUGCAUUGGAUUUGCUCUUCUUAUUGUUGUUCGCGGGCUUUGAAACUACGUCAUCUGGGAUAACUGCUACACUCAAGUUUCUAUCCAGUGAUCCCAAGGCCCUUCAAGAAUUAAAAGAGGAGCAGAACAACAUCAGGAAAAGAAGGGCCAACCCUGACUCUGAAAUCACAUGGGAGGAAUACAAGUCCAUGAAAUUUACAUCUCAUGUCAUACAUGAAGCAUUAAGGCUAGCUAACAUCGCUCCCGUAAUGUUUAGAAAAGCAACAGAUGAAGUUCAUAUAAAAGGUUACACUAUCCCAAAAGGAUCAAAGAUCAUGGUAAAUCCUUCUAGCAUUCAUCUCGAUCCUACUAUUUACAAGGAUCCCAAUGCAUUCAAUCCUUGGAGGUGGAAGAUGAUAUUUUAUCAUAACGAUACAACUGAACCCGUGGGUGGCUCCUCAAAAGAGUUCAUGGCCUUUGGAGGAGGGCUACGGUUAUGUGUUGGUGCCGACUUUGCCAAGCUACAAAUGGCUAUCUUCCUACAUUGCUUAGUUACUAAAUACAGUUGGAAAGUGAUCAAGGGAGGAACCAUGGUACUUUCUCCUGGACUACAGUUUCCUUGUGGUUUUCACAUACAACUUCUCCCAAAGUCGUGA